AUGGCGGCGAGAGACCGUUUCGGUGUCUAUGCUGAGCCGGGGUUAUCACCACUGCAGCGGGCAAUCCGUAAUGCCUGCGACCCGCAAAACUAUGAACCCAACCUCGCCCUGAACCUGGAAGUUGCGGAUCUGAUCAACUCCAAGAAAGGCAAUGCCCCUCGCGAAUCCGCCGUCGAUAUCGUCCACCUUAUCAAUAACCGGAACCAGAAUGUCGCGCUGCUGGCGUUGGCGCUUCUAGACAUCUGUGUGAAGAACUGCGGAUACCCCUUCCACCUCCAGAUCAGUACAAAAGAAUUCCUCAAUGAAUUGGUUCGGAGAUUCCCUGAGCGACCACCUAUGCGGCCCUCGCGGGUCCAGCAUCGCAUCUUGGAGUCGAUUGAGGAAUGGCGCCAGACUAUAUGCCAAACAUCGCGCUAUAAGGAAGACUUGGGAUUUAUCAGGGAUAUGCAUCGACUGCUUCUCUACAAGGGUUACGCAUUCCCAGAGGUUCGCCGUGAAGAUGCCGCGGUCUUGAACCCGAGUGACAAUCUUCGAUCCGCCGACGAGAUGGAAGAGGAAGAGAAGGAAGCACAGUCCGCUAAGCUCCAGGAGCUUAUUCGAAGGGGAACUCCGGCGGACCUGCAAGAAGCCAAUCGGUUGAUGAAGGUCAUGGCGGGAUUCGACAACCGACAUAAAACGGACUACCGCGCGAAGGCAGCUGAAGAAGUGUCAAGAGUGCAACAGAAGGCUAAAAUUCUCGAGGAAAUGCUGCAAAGCCAGCAAUCUGGCGAUGGGCCACCUGGGGGCGAUGUAUUUGAGGUUGGUCUUGAAACAAAAACUGUGGGGAUAGGCCUGUUUACUGACUACGUUGUCUACCAGGAACUUGCCAACGCGCUUCGAAGUGCACACCCUAAGAUCCAGAAAAUGUGCGAAGAGGAAUCGGACGACCCGGAAGCAGUUCACAAGCUGCUCGAGAUCAACGACAGCAUACACCGUACUAUUGAGCGAUAUAAGUUGGUCAAGAAGGGUGACCUGGAUGCGGCGUCAAAGAUUCCCAAGGGCACUCUCGGUACCACUACUGGUGUUUCGAAGAACGCCAACAAUGAGCUCUCGCUGAUCGAUUUCGACCCUGAGCCCCUACCUGAGCCCAUUAAUGGCGACGCUGCUGGACCGUCCCAGAGCGGUGGCAGCUCGCUGGAGAAUGAUUUGCUUGGACUGUCCCUGGGAGAACAGGGCCCUGUUUCUGGUGGAGGUAUUUCUUUGGGAGGCCCUGUGGGAUUUCCUCCAAUGUCAGCUGGCCCAUCUCCUCAGGCCGCAUCGCCAACACCUCCCCCACAGGCACCUGCCGGAUUCAAGCCUAACUAUGAUAUUCUUGCAUCCUUGAACUCGUCACGGCCUGCUUCCCAGUCUUCUACGCCGGCCCCGGGGCCAUCACCGCAGGUUCGACAGACAGCCACCCCACCCCAAGCUGCCGAUCCCUUUGCAUCGUUGAUGUCUGCUAGUCCUCGCCCGACCAGUAGUGCAUUCCAACCGCCUGUCCAAAGCCAGUCCCCUGCAUCGUCAUCCUUGCUAGACCUGGCCGGUGGUACAACAUCACCUCCGCAGGCACCAGCGCCCGCCGCUGAGGAUGAUGAAUGGAACUUUGCAUCCUCGCUACCCCCAAGCAGUGCCCUACCCACCAAGAACCAAGUACAAGUGCUGAGCACCCAACUUCGUGUUGACUUCCUCGUCCAGCGAGUGCCGGCCCACCCUCGCCAGAUCUUCGUGAAGGCCCUCUUCUCCAACCCUAACAGUCAGCCGAUUGGAGAUCUUCAUUUCCAGGUUGCCGUGGAAAAGGCCUAUACCCUUCACCUCAAGCCCCAGACUGGCCGAGACAUUGCGCCACAGCAGCAGCAAGGUGUAUCACAGGAGCUGGUUUUGGACGGAGUUGAUUCGGGCAAGGGUAACUCGGUGAAAAUCCGGUUCAAGGUCGCCUACAAGGUUGGGGGUGAGGCUCGGGAGGAACAGGGGAUGGUACCGGCCCUUGGCGUGAACUAG